AUGCCCCAUAUGAUAAGGAAAAUAUGUUUCUAUCCACGCCCUCAGAAUGCAGUCACCAUCUGUGUGUCGGCAAGAGUCCUCUUCAACAUGGAGAAGGAGCAGCAGAUCUACGAGCAGCAGGGCCUGGAAGACUACAUCAAGUAUCAGGUGGAGCAUGAAACAGAGCCUUUCAGCCCCGGUCCCGCCUUCUCCUUUGUCAAGGCUCUGGAGGCGGUGAACACUCGACUGAGGGUGCUUUACCCCAAGAGCGAGGAGCUCUUUGAUGUUGUGCUCAUGACCAACAACCACAGCGAAAAGACAAGACUCAUCAAUACCAUCAAGCAUCACCAGUUGUUCAUCGAGCACUUAUGUAUGACCGGGGGAAACAGUCCCAUAGGCUACUUGAAGGCCUGCCACACUAACCUGUACCUGUCUGCUGAUCCAGUCAAGGUUCGAGAAGCUCUGGAAGAAGGUAUAGCAGCAGCCACCAUGUUCACCCCAGAGAAGAUGACUAAAGUGUCGGAGACCCAGCUGCGUGUCGCCUUCGAUGGUGACGCUGUGCUCUUCUCUGAUGAGUCUGAGCGCAUUUACAAGGCCCAUGGACUGGAAAAGUUCUUUGAGCACGAGAAGGCGCACGAGAACAAGCCUCUGGGCCAUGGACCAUUGAAAGGUUUCCUGGAGGCUUUAGGAAUGCUGCAGAAGAAGUUUUAUGGCAAAGGCCAGCGCAUGGACUGCCCCAUCCGGACCUACUUGGUGACUGCUCGCGACGCAGGCAGUGCUGGUUACAGAGCCCUAAAUACUCUGUGCUCAUGGGGUGUGGAGAUCGAUGAGGCCCUCUUUCUUUCAGGGUCAUCCAAGGGCCCCAUGCUUGAGAAGAUCAGGCCACACAUUUUCUUUGAUGACCAGAUGACUCAUGUGAAUGGGGCACUGGAAAUGGGGACAGUAGCUUGCCACGUGCCCAAUGUGGCCUAUAACCCUUUAGAAAGAGAUUUUAAAAAAAAGCCCAUCAAAAGAAAGUAUAUCUGAAGUCAAGCAGAACCAAAUAUCAGAAAUAAAACAUGUUACAUUCUAAACAAUAUUAGUUUAGAAACAUGAAGUGAUUUCAUAUCAUCUUUAAUAAACAGGGAGAAUGCAGCUGGAAUUGCUAACUUCAGUAGAAGCUGCACAUCUGCUCUGGAGACAAGUAAUCAGUCACUUUAAGCAUCUUCAUUUGGAUUUAUGACAGUUUUAUCACUUUACUGCUCGUCUGUGUGCAAACAACAUUUUUAAUAAUUAGGUCAAACAUUAUAUACUUCAUAAUUGCUGCUCACUUUGAUGUUUGUUUAAAUGUCAAAAAGAGUGAAUACUCUUGUGACAGGGCGGAGCCAAUAUAAGUCAAAUUAAUACUUUGUUAAAAUUACAAAAAGUCAAAAGUAGAAUUAAAAUAACUAAAAAAGGCCUACAUCACCACCUAGAGUUAUAAGAGCCCAAGAACACUAUUAAAAAAGAUUACACAGGUUCUUUAAAAUCAGGGGUGAGCACAGUUAGAAAUACAAUUAGAUGCUUUAUGAAAUGGGUUUUAUUAUUAUCAAAACAUUAUUUUUUUUAAACCACAAGAGCUCAAACGUGCUUAAAUGUCUUUUAAAUGAGAAAAGCACAGCAAAACACACCCAAUACAAAAUCAAAAAUCGGAAAGAUAAUUAAAUAUGUGAUUAUAAUUAAAACAUGUAUAAAUCCCCCAUUUAUUAAACCUGUCACACUCUUACUGAACAUAAUUAACCUUUUUAAGACAACUACAAAUCAGGUUUCUGUACUGUAAUACAUUUGAUAACAUUCAAAUAAUUUAGUUUUCAUGUGUAGGACACACACUCAACAUCUUUCAAGGAGGAAGAAAUGUGAUCUCUCUGCAGGUAUGGCAGGUUUCACAUUGAUCGCCAAAAGAUUUGCAGGUGGUGUUGGACAAGCAGAAGCAUGGCUGCUGUCAGAAAUUUGUAAGAAAACCGGAACCCAAACUUAAAUCAUGAAUUAUAAGAAAGUAUACUGUUAUAACGAGAUAAAAAGUCUAAAAAUGCCAAUUCUCAUCUUGUCAUUAACUAUUUCAAUAAGCCAAAAGCUUGUUUUAUAAAUGUGGAAGAUGCAGCCUGGUGUCAUUUUCACGAUGUUCAUUAGCUCUGAUGAAUCUUUGUUCUGCCACCAUUUAACUGAAGCUGUGUAGCACUGUCCUGAAAGCAUUAUAAACUCAGAAAGCAUUAUAAUCUGCUUAUAAUUUAGUUUUCAUGUGUAGGACACACACUCAGCUGAAAGCAACAUCUUUCAAGGAGGAAGUUGCAGCUCAGUGUGAAUGAACAGUCAAGUGAACAGUCAACUGUUGACAUGUUGGGAAUCGUAAGUGAAAUGUGAUCUCACUGCAGGUGUGGCUGGUUUCACAGCGACCGCCAAUAGAUUUGCGGUGGUGUUGGAGCAGUGGUGGCAUGGCUGCUGUCGAACAUUUGUAAACAAACCGGAACCCAGUAAAGAUUUACAGCAUGGAUAUGCGACACUCCUUACCAAAUGAAGACAACUACAAAUCAUAUUUAUCUGUACUGUAAUAAAUGUCAAUAACCAAAAUGUAAUUGCG